CUUUUGGACACUGCCCGCUCCUUCAGUUGCUCUUCAUUCUCACACCCUCGUUCAGCUCAGCCAACAAUGUCAUAGCCAGCCCAGAUGACUGGAGAGAAACACUCGGCAAGCUGGCUCUCCAAUCUCUUCGGCGGUAGCGGGCGCAGUGCUCAGCGUCUUUCUGAGACCGCCUCGCACCAGCAGGAACACAAUGAUGCUGCUCAGCGCCAUCGUCGUCGAGUGAGCGAUGUCUCCCAAAGUACGUCAAGUACGUCAGGGCCAACUGGCGUCAGCACCGCACCAUCGCGACCGAUUCCUGUGAGGAGGGCGACAAGUGAUGAAGCCUCGCCAUCGCACAGCGGCAGCCCGCAAAGCCUCGGUCGCUCCGUCGGACAGACGCUGGCUAGCAUACAGUCAGCGUACGUUCUGAGGCGACAAGCUAGCCAGACAUUCAAGGAGAUGCAGUCCAAAGAUGGCGAGCUCGCUACGAGUGAAGCCUCCAACUCAGCGCCCAACGAGCGGCCGUCAUCUUCCCUCAGCCGCGCCAGCUCUUAUGAAGGCGGCAACCCCGCUUCGUCACCACCCUCGAGCACCUCGAGCCUUCCACAAGACUCACCGGGCCUCGCAGCACUAGAUGUAUCCACUUCCCUGCAAGAUGGCGAGUCUAUGCUCAAAGUCACCCAUAAAAAGGUCAUGCAGCGCAUCCUUCGACUCGACGCCGAUCGAGGACAGAUCCUCUGGGCGAGCAAGAAGGGCAACAAGAUCAACCUCGAGGCCAUCAGGGAGGUUCGCAUUGGCGCACUUGGGGCUUCCUUCCGUAUCUCGCUCAACAUUUCGGCUGCACAUGAGCCGCGAUGGAUCUCUAUCAUCUACCAGCAGGGCGCAGCGUACAAGAGUCUGCACCUCAUCGCUCUAUCGGAUGAGUCGCUGCAGCGCUGGCGCGAUACCCUGGAGAAGCUGCAAAGUCUGCGCAAGCAGUUGUUGGGUGGACUCGGGAUGCUAGAGCAGCGAAACGCUCUUUGGCUGCGGCAGAACUGGCGUAUCGCUGAUUCAUCUUGUGACGAUAAGCUGGAUUUCAACGAGGUCGUCCGACUCUGCCGUCGCCUGGGUAUUGAGUCUAACGCGGUCGACCUCCGCAGAAGCUUUGAUGCUGCUGAUUGGCAGAAACGCGGCUACCUCGACUUUCAGGACUUCCAGCGCUUCGUCGCCGUGCUCAAAAGGAGGCCAGAGAUCGAGGAUAUCUUCCUCACUUGGGCAGACACAGAGACGCUUAGCCCUCAACCGGUCGAAGCGACCUCGGCUCAAUGUGCGCCAGAAGAACCUCAGCCAUCGAGCGGCAUCGCCUCCAAGGCCAUGUCUCUUGAAGCCUUCGGCACUUUCAUUACACAAGAGCAGCGCCAGCAUGAUCAUGCUUCAGACUGGACAGCCUCGACCUUCAGCAAGUACUCGAGCCGACAGGGCGACAAGAGCUUGAUGUUACUCGAGGGCUUUGCCAAUUUUCUACAGUCUUCCGAGAAUAUCGUGCUGAGAGAUGCUACGAUGGUCGUACCAAAUAGCGACACCGGCGCUCAGCCUGCCACGUCAUCGUCGCGAUCACGAGCCCAAGCAGAGACUGCAGAGCAGCUCCUCGCUGUGCAAACCUCCUCCAGCGCUCAUCAGCGAGUGGCACCGCAAGACAUGAGCCGCCCCCUCAGCGAGUACUACAUCAGCUCAAGCCACAAUACCUAUCUCGUACGAGGUCAAUGGAAGGGCGACAGCACCGUCGAAGGCUACGCGCGGGCACUGCAAGCCGGGGCUCGCUCAGUCGAGCUCGACUGCUGGGAUGGGCCGAACGGCCAGCCUCAGAUCACUCACGGCCGCACUCUUACCUCCAAGGUGCCUUUUGCGGACGUCGUGGCAACUAUCGCAAGGUACGCCUUUGUCGCCUCGCCGUAUCCUUUGAUCCUCUCCCUCGAAGUGCACGCAGACCUAUCGCAGCAAGCAGUCAUGGCGAAGAUGCUGCGUGAGAAGUUAGGUGCAGCGCUUCUCACAGAGCGAGUUGCUUCGAACGUCGACGACGGGCUCCCCUCACCGGAGAUGCUGCGAGGCAAGAUCCUCAUCAAAGCCAAGAACAUCGAUGUUACCGAUCCAGACCGCUUCAUGCGCAGCGACACAACUUCGAGCUCCAUCGAAGCUCUUGGAGCAGAUGAGGACCCCUCAGCCAGCUCAACAGGCGUGGACACUAAUUCAGAAUCCGACGGCGGCUUCUUCGCCAACGCUCGCGGCCUGAUGCGGUCCGUUGCCGCAGCAGGACAUCGCUCCUCGAGCGGGACCAAUGGCAACAGCGGCGAAGACGGCAGUUCUCCCUCCUCUGUAGGUUCAGCGCCCUCUGUAGCUGCUGCAUCGCGGGGCAAGAAGGUCAUGAUCGCCCCAGAGUUGGCUUCUCUCCUCGUCUAUACGGUCGGCGUCAAGCACCGCGGUUUGAGCAAGAAAGAAGUCUACGCACCAGAGCACAUGAUCUCACUGAGCGAGCGCACGGCGUUCAAGUACGUGCGUGACCGAUCUGGUGCGCGUGAGGAUCUCAUCAAGCACAAUCGCACGCAUCUCACGAGGAUUUAUCCCUCCAUGAGCUCCUUGGCUCGACUGCACACGAGUGCAAAUUACUUGCCGCACCACAUGUGGGCUGUUGGGUGCCAACUAGUUGCGCUCAAUUGGCAGACGCUGGACCUGGGCUUCGCGCUCAACCAGGCCUUGUUUACGCGUAAUGCUGGCGUCGGAUACGUGCGCAAGCCCGAGGCGUUGAGGGUGAAGGAAAAGAAGCGACCCGCGAGAUCGUCAAUCAGGGUUGUGCUCGAGCUGACUAUCGUGUCGGCGCAGCAGCUUCCGCGGAUGCGCGACGUCGUGAAGGAAAAGGAGAGAAGCGAUGGCGACGUGCUCGACCCGUUUGUAAGUGUAUCGCUGUUGACGCCGGAGAGCUGGGGAAGGCAGGAGCAGGGUGAGCAGCAAGCAGGGCUGGCCAGACCAGGGUCUCGCGAAGCGCCUCUGUCCUCGACCGUCAGCACGACGCCAAUCAAGCCUGCAUCGAACGUAACUCUCCUCAAGAAUCGCAGCGACAGCAAACUCGAACCGCUCCUUACCGGCGAAGGAAACAGCCCAUCACCUCAGAAAUCCCGCAGCGAUGCCGGCGGCGGUACACCAACUUUCAGAACAAGCGUCAUUAAGGGCAACGGCUUCAGUCCAGUGUGGAACGAAGCGUUCAACAUCAGCAUCGACGUCCCGGCAGGCGAGUCGGAGCUCCCAGAUGUCGAGUCUUCGAGCGAUCCUGGGAGAGUCAAGGCUUUGACGCGAGGCUUGCUCGAUCUAGCCUUUCUUCGAUUUGAGGUGUGCGCGGACGCCACACCUGGAGGCGCAGCGACUGGCAAUGGGCCUUCGCCGUCACCAUCGAGCUCCCCACUGCCAAAUUCGUCGAGCUCCUCCAGCUUGUCUGCAACGAUGCCGACAACCGAUUCUUCAUCUGCAGGCUUGCCCUCAUCACCACUUCUCGCCGCACCUCCUCCCGCCUCUCCCUUACUUGCUUCCUCUCACAUCGCCCACUCGUCCACAUCCCCAUCCACCCGAUCAACCUCAGCGUCCUUGACAUCCCCCAUGCCGAGCGGAUCCGCACUCGCAUCGUAUAUCCUCUCCCUCGGCGCCAUGCGAGAAGGGUACAGGCAUAUCCCACUCUACGACGGUCAGCUGCAGCAAUACCCUUUCAGCACGCUUUUUAUCCGUACGAGCCUUCGACUUGCAUGACCGAGUCGUGAGCUGCCUAUAAUGAACAUCUGUACUUGUAUCGUUACUUUUUCAAUUGCAAUGCCUUU